GCAGCGCGUGGGGCAGGCAGGGUCCUCCUUGAGGGGCCGACAUGGCCGUUGCCGGGCUCGCGCUGCGUCGGGUGGCAGCGGCGGUUGCUUCGCCCCUUCACCUGCGCUUCAUCGCGCAGACUCCGCCCCGCAGGCACGCGGCGCAUUUCACUUUCCAGCCGGACCCGGAACCUACCCAGUAUGGCCAGACACAGAAAAUGAACCUUUUCCAAUCUAUAACAAGUGCCUUGGAUAAUGCCUUAUCCAGAGAUCCUACUGCAGUAAUAUUUGGAGAAGAUGUGUCCUUUGGUGGAGUCUUCAGAUGCACUGUUGGCUUGAGAGACAAAUACGGUAAAGAUAGAAUCUUCAAUACUCCCUUGUGUGAACAAGGAAUUGUAGGAUUUGGCAUUGGAGUUGCUGUCGCUGGUGCUACUGCCAUUGCUGAAAUCCAGUUUGCUGACUACAUAUUUCCAGCCUUUGAUCAGAUUGUUAAUGAGGCUGCAAAGUAUCGCUAUCGCUCUGGAGAUCUCUUUAAUUGUGGAAGUCUGACGAUAAGAGCACCUUGGGGUUGUGUGGGGCAUGGUGCUUUAUAUCAUUCCCAGAGCCCAGAAGCCUUUUUCGCUCACUGUCCAGGACUAAAGGUUGUUGUUCCAAGAGGUCCUAUUGAAGCAAAAGGCCUUUUACUAUCAUGCAUAGAAGAUAAAAACCCUUGCAUAUUUUUUGAACCAAAGAUACUAUACAGAGCAGCAGUGGAGCAAGUCCCAGUGGAACCAUACUAUAUUCCGCUUUCUCAAGCAGAAGUACUUCAGAGUGGAAGUGAUGUCACACUGGUGGCUUGGGGUACUCAGGUUCAUGUAAUCAAAGAGGUAGCAGUUAUGGCUCAGGAGAAGCUUGGUGUUUCCUGUGAAGUAAUUGAUUUGAAGACAAUUAUUCCUUGGGAUGCAGAGACUGUAUGCAAGUCUGUUACCAAGACAGGACGGUUGCUGAUCAGUCAUGAAGCCCCUGUUACAGGAGGUUUUGCAUCUGAAAUUAGCUCUACAGUUCAGGAGGAAUGCUUUUUGAAUCUUGAGGCUCCGAUUUCACGAGUGUGUGGUUAUGACACUCCAUUUCCUCACAUCUUUGAGCCGUUCUAUAUUCCAGACAAAUGGAAAUGUUAUGAUGCUCUACGGAAAAUGAUUAAUUAUUAAUCAUGCAGGGAGAAGGUCAAGAAUAAAUUGAUGCUCCUGUCUGCAGUUAUUCACCUUAAACGAGGACACAUUUUAUUUUUGAAGAAAAGAACUACUUGAGAUAAUUUUCUCUAUAGCAUUAUUUUCAACAUUCAUCAUGGCUGUUCAUCAAAGCUGCAAAAUAUUUGCCAGCUGCAGAAUCAAGGAAGGACAGGUAAUUGCUAGAAAAUGUUGGUUCUUAACCAGCCUUCCUUUUUGUACAUAAGAAGACUGCUAGAUAUUAUAACAUAUAAAUUAAGCCUUCAGUCGUUCUCAAUAAAUUUAUUGUUAAUCAAUAGACAUUUGGUCUGUAUUUUUGCCAUAAGUUAUUAAACUGUUCACAGUUAGGAAUUUUACAUCUAUUAACAGAAGUUUCAGUGAUUGUAUACUUUAAGAUCCCUUUAAGCAGUUAUGAACUAUUACUAUAAAAAAAUCAUUGUAAAAUCAGAAUAAUCAAAGAACCUGUCAGCCUAUAGGUAUGAAAUCUUAAAAAGAACACGAUUCUCCACACACAUUUGCUGAUUCAAACCUGAUUUGAGCUGGUUUGGGGACACGCUAAAUUACAAACUUAAUGGGUAUAGUUUGAAUUCCUUUGAACAAUUAAAAUCAUUACACACACAUACUUUUUUUUGCUAUGUGCAAAAAAGAAUAGAGAGCUGGCCCUUGUUAUAGUUCUUCUGCUGUGUAUAAAUUAGUAGGCUGAGAGUGUUCCGACCUUGUUUUGGUAAUUAACCCUAUUCAGCUUUGACCACUUUGAAUGAAAUGUGAUCUGACUUGAGUCCAGAUUAGAACAUCAAGUCAGGAAAUUCAAAGCUUUGUGGUUACUCAUUGAGGAUCAUUGAUAACAUCAACAAAAGGCUGUUAGGGUUUUCCUUGUUGUGGGAACUGGAUUAAAUUUGCAGGUGUGAUGGCCUUUUCUGAGGUAAUGUCCUACAUGUUUCUUUGGGUAAAUUUGAAUGCCAAGUGGUCUACAUUACAACAGAGGUGCCUUUAUGGGAGAAACUUUGAGAAUUCCAGGAGAAUACAUUUAGAGGCUUUUUUUUUUUUUUGCUAGGUGCUUUUAACAUUGAUUUUAUAGGAAGAUCCCUCUUAAGGGAGAUUUUCUCUACCCCAUAAUUUUAUCAGCAUUUUGUAUACAUAUGUUGUAUAUAUGCUCCUAAGUAACACAUAAUAAAAUAAUAUAAUAAAACUUUAUUUGUAUACCACCCUGUCUCUCCAAGAGGAUUCAGGGCGGUUUCCAACAUAGGGCAAAACAGAAGGACAGGUACAGCAGGUAGGUAGAUAAUUGUAAAUGAGAUAUAUUUUGAGGCACUUAAUAUGUCCUUAAUAUAAAUUUUGUGACUUAAUACAGAUCAGUGUGCCUGACAGAAUGUCUUGUCCUGUGCCAGAAAAUAUUACAUUAGUCAAAGAGUCCACAGAAUUGUUUGAACAUCCUUGUUGAGGACAGGUUACAAAAUGAAGCAAUUUGAUAUAUGAAUGCUGACCCCUGUGAUGGACGUAGAGAAGCAGCAGGCACUUUCUUCCUUUAUAUGAACAAGACAGCAUUCGGAAUUUUAACUGUAGCUUCCCAUAAUGUGUGACCCUGAAAAUAUAUUGAAGUGCUUGCAGAUAAGCCAGUAUUUGUCACCCAAAUUGAAACUCUGUGGUUGAGUUGCGUGUUUAAAGUGCUUUAUCCUGACUUGUUCUGUUGGUUGCGAAAAGGAAAGAUGAAGUGGCAAGAAAGGGGCUGCACAAAAGUGCAUACAUAACCCUUGUUCAUUAAGCCAUGAUUUUUGGAAGCCAUAUUCAGAUGUAUCCUUAACAUGCCACCAUUUCAUAGGGCUUCUAAUGCUACUGAUUCUGCUUUCUGGAGAAAAAGAAUAAUUCUGCUUCUUUCAAUUAUGCAUACAAAUCAUCUGUUACAAAAAAAUUGUUUACAUGAAUGCCUAAUUCAUUUUCUUGUUCUUUCCCCUUUGCAAUACAUGGACAGCUGUAGCUUUUCAGAUAUUGUUGGACUGUAACUCCCAUCAACUCAAUUUAACACAGUCAGAUGUGUGGGAGUGCAGGAAUUAUCAUUCAACACCAUCUGGAAGGCUACACAUGCCUACUUCUAUUCUAAAGUGUUCGGAAGUAUAAUAGAAAUACUUCUGUGAAUCUGAUAUCCGGUUAAUUAUUCAUGUUAAUUAUAAUUUUAGGAUUGAUCACACUACUUCAAGGGUACUAUGUAUAUUAAAUGCUUCUUUGAAGAUUUUUUCACUCAAAUGGUUUUAUGUCAGCACUCCGAAACAUUACAUUUGAGCUGCUAAUGUAAAAGAUAAUCUCAAUUUUAAUGUCUUUUGAAGUAACAAUUCAUUGCAUUGAUGAUUGCAAUUCAUUUUUAAUUUCAGUGCUGGUCUCAAAACUUUGCCUAGAUGGCAGUGUACACCUAUUCGACCUGUAUUUCUAGUUUUUUUUUUAAAAGUUGAAAUCUGUUUACCCCACAAAAAUGGAUACUUGUGGACAUGUAGAUUUUACAUGCUUUUAACCAAAAUUUAUCAUAUAACAAUGACAUCUUUGGGAAGGAAAAUAAUUACAAGGAAAAUAUACUUUCAUUAAUAUUUCAUACCUAGAAUGACUCUACCUUAAGUAUAUUAGAAGAUCACAUUUAAUGCAAAUGUUUAACUCUGUUUUCAUAUUAAUUUUUAAAAUGAAAUAAAUGUUUAAUCUUGAAA